AUGCGUUUAAUCAACGACGAGGACGAUGGAGCGACUGAGCCUCUGUAUGCACAGUCCGACGAUGAGCACGGCGCUUUGAAGGCAAAAGCAGGACGAUACUCUGACAGAAAACGCGCUCGAUUCAUAUGGAGCUUCGCGGUAAUAUGCUAUCUCAUCCUCAUGGGUAUGUACGUCAAGCUCUGGAUCCGUUUCAAGGAAUUAGAGUCUGAGGUGCAUUCUAUGAAGCCUGACCUCUUUCCAUCUAUGGCACGUUAUUCAGCUUUCCGUAAAGACAGUCGGGUGUUUCCCUUGACGGUGGCAGGGACACCAUUUGCAGGCGAUCCAAGUCCAGAACUUGAUCAAGCGUGGCACGAUCUGCUUGAAGGCACUACUAUUCGAGUAUCAAAGGAGGAUUUGGAUUACUACAACGUCACUUCUCUGCCUUUGGCGGAUGGUACGGGCUUCGCAUCCGAACUCUUUGUGACUCAUGAACUCCAUUGCUUGAAGAAGGUCCGGCAAUACAUCUACAAGGAAGCUUACUUUGAACAAGUGCAAGGAUUUGCUCGUAAUGAGCUCAAAAGGCACAUAGAUCAUUGCAUUGAAACGUUGAGGCAAGGCAUCAUGUGUAGAGGGGAUGUCUCCCUGGCUACCUAUACAUAUAUUCAAGGAAGCAACGAUGUGACAGCCCGAAGUUGGGGCUCUCACCAAUGUAUUGAUUUCGACGCACUAAUUACUUGGACUCGAGAGCGCGCCGUUGACAUCUUCCGUCCAGGUGUUAUACCGAAACCAGAGGAUCUUGGAGCAGAGCAUUUCACAGAAAAGAAAGCACCACAGUAA